AUGUUUGGGUUCCGAACCCCAGCGAAGAGAGUAACUGGAGACGAAAGGGAAAUAAGCCCAAUAAGCCCUAGGGAAGGACCAUCGACGGCAGCACCAUCGCCUAAAGACCAAAUACAAAGAAGCAAAGUAAGACGAAGUAUUGGGGAUUGGGAAGCUGAGAUAAACACAGGACCGCAGGGGAAAGGGACCAAAUUAGUUCCGGCAGCCCGCUCAAAGACAAAUAUUGCCCCUUCAUCAUCAAGCAGACCAUCGCCAGAGAGAGGAGGCGCCUCUCCAGUUAAGAACAAAACAACCUAUGUUGACCGAGUCGCUGAGGCGAGAGCAUGUCUAAAUAAGGCAAAACUACACCUCAGCAACUCGAGGAACCUUAAAACAGACAUCAAAAACGACAGCAAGCAAAGAAACAUGAAAUACCAGAAGGACACACUGAAAGAGCAAAUAAACGACAAAGUGAAACGCAAAGUGAAAGAGAAAGCAUUU